UCUGUAUCAAGAUAUUUUGUGUUCCAAAUUCUCCUAGAAGUGCUCCCCUAAGUUGGAACUCUGCUGGCAGGAAGCUUCCUCUUGCCACAGCUCAGACUCCCAUCCCCUCUGGGCCCCGCCUGCUCCCUCUGCAGUGAACACUCAACAGGAAAGAUGAUUUGCUGGAGUAGGCUGCCAGGGAGACUGUGAAGCAGGGCGCUGCCUGAGCAGAGGCAGUGAGCUCUCAGGGAGAUCAUACCCCUGCCUGCCCCACCAAGACGACCCCCAUCUGCAAGCCAGCCCAGCCCUGAAGGAGGAAGCAGGCCCGCACAUCUCCUUCAUCAUGAACUGGCAUAUGGUAAUCUCUGCGCUUGUGGUAGUGGUGCUUAAAGUCAUCGGAAUGACCUUAUUUUUGCUGUAUGUCCCACAAAUAUUUGGGAGCAGAGAUGACAGCUUCAGUCCCACUAAAAGCUAUGGCUUCAGUUCCACUAAGAGCUAUGGAACAGUGUGCCCCAAAGACUGGGAUCUUCAUCAAGGAAGAUGUUUCUUCUUGUCCACCUCUGAGUUGUCUUGGAACAAAAGCAGAGAUGAUUGUCAAACAAAAGGAUCCACUUUGGCAAUUGUCAACACCCCAGAGAAAAUGGAGUAUCUCCAGGACCUAGCUGGUGCUGAGAAGUACUUCAUUGGCUUAGUCUACCAGCCUGCCGAGAAGAAGUGGCGCUGGAUCAACAACUCAGUGUUCAGUGGCAAAGUUACCAAUCAUAAUGAGAAUUUCAACUGUGCAACCAUAGGCCUAUCAAAAACAAUUGAUGCAGCAUCCUGUGACGUGACUUACCGCUGGAUCUGCGAGAAGAACCCCCAGUGAACACAACUUUACCACAAGAAUGAUGAGUAUACUUAGGGAGACAGCAAAGGAGACUAUUUCCAACUGGGAUUGGUCCAGAAAAUACAGACAUCAACUUACUAUGCCAGUCUACUGGCACAGCUCCCUCAUGAAUCCUCAGGGCUAAUGCACCAUUACCCUUCCAUAACUAUACUUACACAUGCACAACCAAGACAAACACUGCAUUCUGAGCCGUUCCUAAGACCGCAUUUCCCAUAAGAGUGGCCCCAUUUGGAUCCACACAGGUGAUAUACUCAGUGAUUCCACCAGGGGAAAUCCUUGCCUGCUUAGGAAAAUGCGCUUCUGUAUUCUGCUUUGGAGGCCUAGAUUAUAACCAUCUAUAGGAAAUAGAGUCAGUGUCAUGAAUUCAGUUUAACUGGCGUGAAAAUGGCAUCACUUUCUGUAGAAAUGAGCAUUUCUGACUUAUCAACAAGCUUUAGGGUACUAACAAUUUGUUUCACCCUUGGAGUGCGCCACCAUACAAUCAGGGAGAAACUGCAGACUGGACAGGCGUCAACACUAUUUAGAGAGUAGCAUGGGCAGAAGGGAUCGAUUCAGCUUAUGUGACCUUAGUUCUACUCAGCUUUCUCCCAUUCGCAUCCCCAAGUUGAGAAAGCAGAGCCCUUCUGAGUCUGAACUGUGAUUUAAACUUAAGGAGAGCUCAUAAAUUUGGCCUUGUAGCAGAGAGAAUAUUAUUUAUGGGAAUGGCGAGGUAUCUGGGCAGCACAGGAAUCUGCUCGGAAACCUCUCGGAGGAAAUCUACAAGGCUGAGGGGACCAAGAAACAUAGAUCUUUCAACAAAACCCAAAAAAUCAUUCAUGCUAAAAAUGUGUCCUACUAUGGCAUCCCCAUUUAUCCCAAAUAACUCCUUUACAACAGAAAUUUGGAUAAGCACUUUUUGCUUUGCAGAAUUUCAUUAAGUCAUUCCAUCUUAUAUAUAUAUUUUAAUAAGUUAGUGUAGUCUCAUGGGUCCUGUUGACCACACCGUGUUUUUCAACUCAGUUCUCUAAGAUCCUUUCUACCAGUCUAUUGACCCAAAGACUCCCUCAAUAGCUGGCAUCAUAUUGACUUAGAACUGUUCCAGUUGACCCCAGUGUGGAAUGAAAAGGGGGAAAACUGAAUGGAAGAGAAAAAUGACUUUC